GAAGAGGAGAAGAAGGGGGCAUCAGUGCAGAUAGAAAAUAGAGAGAGAGAGAGGGAGUCAGUCCCACUUGGUAAGGAGAAGCUGGGGUUCAGUCUGGCUGCAUCACAGGAGACACAGAGCCCGCAUACCCGGAGCUGCCUGUCGCAGGUUAAAAGCACUGAAGACGGUCCUGUGAAGUUCCCAUUCAAUCCGUACGGGAUUAAUGGACCUCUACUAUGGCCGAAAGGAGAUGAUUGUACACCCAUCACUUGUUGUACAAUAACAAGCAUGAUUUACCUGACUGUAAUAAGCAUUUUGUACAUGCCCAUUUUACUCUUUGAGGCAUUUGUCUUGUCCAAAGGCAAGUAUGAGAGGUCAGUUGUCCCAAGCUCUGCCUCCCGCCUGGUGGCACGAAUGGAUGGGGAUGUAAUAAUAGGCGCCCUGUUUUCCGUACACCACCAGCCGUCAGCAGAGAAGGUUGCUGACAGGAAAUGCGGAGAAGUCCGUGAGCAGUAUGGCAUCCAGAGAGUGGAGGCCAUGUUCCACACCCUGGAUCGAAUAAACUCGGACCCCAACCUGCUACCCAACAUCACCCUUGGCUGUGAAAUCAGGGACUCCUGCUGGCAUUCCUCUGUGGCCCUGGAGCAGAGCAUUGAGUUCAUACGGGACUCUCUCAUCUCCAUCCGAGACGAUACGGAGGGCUCCAAGUGGUGCAUUGAAGGGUCACCCUCUAGCCAGCCGCCUCCUACCAAGAAGCCCAUCGCAGGAGUCAUCGGUCCUGGCUCAAGCUCAGUUGCAAUUCAAGUCCAGAACCUUCUGCAGCUGUUCAACAUCCCACAGAUUGCCUAUUCUGCAACAAGCAUUGACCUCAGUGAUAAGACGUUGUUCAAGUACUUCCUCAGAGUUGUACCCUCGGACACACUACAAGCCAGAGCCCUGUUGGACAUUGUCAAACAGUACAAUUGGACCUAUGUGUCAGCAGUACACACAGAGGGUAACUACGGCGAGAGCGGGAUGGAAGCGUUCAAAGAGCUCGCCUCGCAGGAAGGGCUCUGCAUCGCUCAUUCUGACAAGAUCUACAGCAACGCCGGCGAGAAGCACUUCGACCGGCUGCUCAGGAAGCUGCGGGAGCGUCUUCCCAAAGCCAGAGUUGUUGUCUGCUUCUGUGAAGGCAUGACAGUCCGCGGGCUGCUCAUGGCUAUGAGGCGCCUCGGAGUGGCGGGAGAGUUCCUCCUAAUUGGCAGUGACGGCUGGGCGGACCGUGUGGAGGUGGUGGAGGGAUACGAGCACGAGGCUGUUGGCGGCAUCACCGUGAAGCUACACUCCGAAGAGGUCUCCUCGUUCGACAAUUACUUCCUGAAGCUCAAGCUCAGCACGAAUACGCGCAACCCGUGGUUCCCGGAGUUCUGGCAGCAUCGCUUUCAGUGCCGCCUUCCCGGACACCCGCAGGAGAACCUGAACUAUGCCCGCAACUGCUCAGAGGAUGAUGAUCUAGGUUACGAAAGUCUUGAAGACAACUAUGUUCAAGACAGCAAGAUGGGCUUUGUCAUCAAUGCCAUCUACGCCAUGGCACACGGUCUGCAUGACAUGCAUUCUGACCUCUGUCCCGGCCAUGUGGGACUGUGUGAUGACAUGAAACCCAUCGAUGGAAGCCAUUUGCUGGAGUUUCUACUCAAGACGUCCUUCACAGGAGUGUCCGGGGAGGACAUAUGGUUUGAUGAGAAUGGAGACUCUCCUGGAAGGUAUGAGAUUAUGAACUUCCAGCGUGUGGAGCCUGGUGUUUAUGACUACAUCAACAUUGGCUCGUGGCACGAGGGCAUGCUGAGCCUCGACGACGAAAUGAUCCAGAUCAACAGCAGUGACAUGGUCCGCUCCGUCUGCAGCGAGCCCUGCUCCAAAGGAGAAAUCAAGGUGAUAAGAAAGGGGGAGGUGAGCUGCUGCUGGAUAUGCACUGCCUGCAAGGACAAUGAGUAUGUGCAGGAUGAGUUCACAUGCAAGGCCUGUGAGCUGGGCUGGUGGCCUGACGAAGAACUGGAGGGUUGCGAACCAAUUCCCCUGCACUACCUGGAGUGGAGCAAUCCAGAAUCCAUCAUCCAGGUUGUCUUCUCCUGCGUGGGCAUCCUGGUUACGUCAUUCGUUGCUUUCAUCUUCGUCCUGUACCGUGACACGCCUGUGGUGAAGUCAUCCAGCCGCGAGCUCUGCUACAUUAUCCUGGCUGGGAUCUUCCUUGGAUACCUGUGCCCUUUCACCCUCAUAGCCCGACCCACAGUGGUGUCCUGCUACCUUCAGAGACUUCUCGUCGGACUCUCGGCCGCCAUGUGCUACUCUGCACUCGUGACCAAAACCAAUCGCAUCGCUCGCAUCCUGGCGGGCAGCAAGAAGAAGAUCUGCACCAGGAAGCCAAGGUUUAUGAGCGCGUGGGCUCAGGUGGUCAUCGCCUCGAUACUUAUCAGUCUUCAGUUGACGUUGGAAGUUACGCUUAUCAUCAUGGAGCCUCCCGAACCGAUCAAAUCCUAUCCCAGCAUCAGAGAAGUGUUUCUGAUCUGCAACACCAGCAACCUCGGCGUUGUGGCGCCACUGGGCUACAAUGGUUUGCUCAUCAUGAGCUGCACCUACUAUGCCUUCAAGACCCGCAAUGUUCCCGCCAAUUUCAACGAAGCCAAGUACAUCGCCUUCACCAUGUACACCACGUGCAUCAUCUGGCUCGCCUUUGUGCCAAUCUACUUCGGCAGCAACUACAAGAUCAUCACCACGUCGUUCUCCGUGAGCCUCAGCGUGACCGUGGCUUUGGGGUGCAUGUUCACGCCAAAGAUGUACAUCAUUAUCGCGAAGCCAGAGCGGAACGUACGCAGCGCGUUCACCACGUCCGACGCCGUGCGCAUGCACGUCGGCGACGGCAAGAUCGCCUGCCGAAGCAACAGCCUCCUCAACAUGUUCAAGAGGAAGAAGAACGCCGGGAACGGCAGUUCUAAUGGAAAGUCUGUGUCAUGGUCUGAACCAGGUGCAAGACAUCCUCCCAAAGGGGAUCAUAUGUGGCACAGACUGUCAGUGCAUGUGAAGAGACAGGAAGCAGGUUCCAAUCAGAUGGCUGUCAUCAAACCCUUAACUAAUACCUACCAAAACACUGCCGGGGAGUUCUCAGACCUCAGCACUAAGACGUUGUACAAUGUGGCUGAGGAGGACGAAAACGACCCGCUCACUUACAGCUCCCCCGCCACUCCCCCAAUGAUGGCCCACGGACAGAUGCCAGCCUGUGACAUGACAAAAGAGGCGGCCGGGGACGUGGAGCUCUAUUCCCUGGAGCGUCUCCAGCAAAAUAGCGUUAUCCCUCAACACUGCGUCACGGACCGCCUGCAGGAGGAGAUUGUUCUGAACAAAUUCAGGAGUGACACCCAUGAGCUCGUUGACGAUGUGUGCCUGCCUCCGGCUGUUUCAGGCAUGCCGGUGUAUCACCAGGCUCACCUCAUCCAGCAGGAACCCAUCCUGCCUGUCCAUCUUGACCCAUUUGAUGAGGAGCCCGUCUCCCCUUUCGAGGAGGAGGAAGAAAUGGAGAGCGAGCAGUUCGGCCUCCUACAGGGCUACAUGUAUAACAACACCCAGGCUCACGACGAAGACGAGGACGAGGAGGACAUGAUUGAGGUCAAAUUAGCAAUGGAGGACUCCGUCGCCCUAAUGCCUCCGUCCCCUUUCCGCGAUUGCUCUGGUACCCCAGUAAGCCCAUUUCCCAACUCUCCAGUGUCUGAGUCCGUCUUGUGCACACUUCCAAAUGUGACGUAUGCCUCUGUCAUUCUUGGAGACUACAAGCAGAGUGCUUCGACUCUGUGAUUUGAUGCCCUAAACGUUAAAGAUGCAGUAUGUAACUUUAAUUAAAAAAAUUAUCUUUUUACAUAUUUGUUAAAACUGUCACCAUGUUUGGACCAUAAUGGUUUGAGACAAUUUGUGAAAAAAUCGAUCUCCUCCGACUCCUCCAUGAGCUACUAUUGUCGUCUGAAGAAAUGCACCACUCCCAAUCAAAAACAACUAAUCAGAGCCAGGAGGAGGGUCUUAACGCUGUCAUUCAUCGUUGUGUACACGCUGCUAAAUGUGCUAAUGGUGGAGAAACAACUCACCUUUACAGAAGAACCGUUUAUCGCAGUCAUCAGUCGCCAUACUAACUAGCUUGAGCAUUCAGGACAGACUGUGGUCGGUGUAGCAUAGCAGAAAGCAAGAAGGGGGAGAUCAAUGGGAGAAUGAGCAGCGCUACACAAAGGGGUGAUUGACAACGUUAAGACCCUCUUCCUGGCUCUGAUGGGUUGUUUCUAGAUAGCACUGGGAGAACGCAGAGGAGCUUGAUCCUUUUUUUCCCCCACGGGUUAUUUCUCAAACAAUACUGUCACGACAUAGUGUCAGUUUCAACAAAUAUGUCAAAAAUAUUUUUUAGGAAAGUUACAUACUGCAGUUUUAAGAGUUCUGCUACAUGUUCAAGUUUACAUCAACAUGCGCUGUAUGUGAUAAUAUACAAGGUAAAAGUCACUCUGUGGUCGUUUUCACUCGAUAGCUUUUACUUAAGUUCCUAAAUUUUAUAAGAAUUAAAUACGCCGUAUGCAGUAGUGAAAGAUCUUGCAAACACGCUGUAUAUUUCUGACGUAAUAUUUUACAUUUAAGUAGAUUCUGCCUUUACUUGACAAUUGAAUAAGAUUGCCAGUGCAUACAUGUACAUUUAUUUAUUUGAAAACAGAUUUUUAACCAAUCUAACUAUAGUUUCAGUAUAAGACUAUUCAUUUUGACAGUGUGCUAAGGAAAAUGUGUCUUGUGUUUACACAUUGUAACUGCUGUCUCUCAUCAGAUAAGAGGAGGAUAUAAGCAGCUGUUGGGUUUUAGAUUGUCUCGUUUAUGUUAUUGUAGAAUUAGAUGAGGUGAAGAAAAAGCUGCUCGUAGAAGUUUAAGCUGAAGAACAGUGCAGCCAGGCUACACAAGUUCUACACUAGCUUAGCAUAAAACCAGAAGUAUAAAAGUUUCUUCACCAAAAUGGCCGCAGUUUGUGGCUCCAAUCAACUCCCAUUUCAGAACUUUUGUUCCUACAAAACAUUUUCCUCAAGCUUUUCUGACUUCAUUACCAAAAUGCACUUUCUCUCACUUGUGAGCAGGGAUUUGUUUAUAAAAUCUCCCUUUAAUUAUUAACAGUGGUUUAGUUUCAACAACUCAUACUUUCAUUUUGCACCCAGAUAUUGUUAUUUUAUUCCCUUACUCCAGUUGUUGCGUAUCAGUUCAGUUUUUUUUCCUAAUUAUUUUUAUGAUGAAUAGUUAUAAAAUGGUCACGUAUAAUUUAAUAACAUUAUUUUCUAAAGAUUCUAAAUUCUAUUCUAGUUUUAUGUAUAUCAUUUCUGAUCACUAUUUGGACCAGAUGAUUCCAUUGAAUUAUGUCAGAUUUUGUCCCUGAUUAAUCCAACAACUGUGGCUGACCUGUUGUGGGAAGAUAUUAAAUAAUGAAGUCAUAAAACCACAUUUCCUUACAGUAGGCUAUAUUUAAAAGAUGGGAAAACAUAUUGCCUGACAUUUGUGUCAUAGUGUCCACAAAUGUCUACUUUGGUUGAUAGAAAAGGGCAAAAACACACAAUGUCUCAGCAGAACACAACAGCUAUGACAGCUGCAAGAAAGGUUGGUUGUUGUUGUUGUCAGUUGUGAAUGUUGAAAAUGAAUGUACAGUGCUGAGAAAUCCUAAAACCAGGUCUUGAACCAGCAGAGCAGGCCCAGAGCGUUACACUGCCACCACCGUGUUUCACUGCUGGUAUCAUGUCGUUUUUCUGUAAUGACAUGUCAGCUUUGCUCCGGAUGUAAUGGGACACUUUCCGCAAAGCUCCACUGCUGUCUCAACAGUCGACAGAAUAAUUUCCCAUAUGUCUUCUUGGGGAUCACUGGGAGGUUGUUUGGGAAACAUGAGACAGGGCCAUGUGGUCAUAUUGGUUCUGGUCUUAGAACUCUGCCCUGGAUGCCGAUUUUGCUUAGGCUCUGUCCCAUCAAAACUGAUCUCAACUUCUUCUUCUUGGCUCUUUUGUGACCUGUCUGUUCUUGAACCCAGUCCUGGGGAGAUUCAAUAAUGUCCCGUUUUGUCCAUUUGUGGAUAAUGCCUUUCAUUUUCUUUGUCUGGGCUCCCAAUGUCUUAUAAAUUGCUUUGUAGCCUUUUCCAAACUGCUAGGUGUCAUUGACGUUGAUUUCCCACCUGUUCUUGAAGUUUUAAGAUUACGCCAUCAGUGUUUAGAAUACUGAAGUCUUUCAGCGUACUUCAAUCAAGUUCUAUGGUGAUUUCUUGAGUCUAACGGUUUGGCAGUAAUCCUUGUAUUUUGCUAAAGAAUCUGAUGCUGGAAAUGUGGUUAAUACUAGCUACUUCAUGAUGUGAGGAAUCCUUCUUUUUUUCACAUCAGGCCAGGUGUGUUUAGAUGGACUUUUAUCUUUAAUAAAGAAAAUUAAACUCCUUUUUGGUUUUGCUCUGUCCAUGACUGUCUGAUAUUAAAUUUGUUUGAUCUAAAUAUGACUAGGCACAAACUAACAUUUUUAACACUUGGAUGUUUUAAUUAGAAAACAUUAGAAAAAGUAUGUGGAUUUUUUGUAACCUUUGAGCAAGGUCCGUCUAGUUUUAUGCUGAGCUAAAAGAUGCUAAGCUAGCUAGUGGAUGUUAUUCUUCCUUUAGCGUGCACAAAGGCAUAUUUCGUCAUGUACAAUUAACUCGAAAGGUCAAACUAUUGCUUAAGUGAACUUUUUAAUUUAUUUAUUUCUUUUGAAAAAUGUAUAUUUAUUUAUAUGUCCCACAAGACUGUAUCAUGAAUGUAGCAGAGGACAACUUCAAGUGCCACAUUUUCAUUAAAACUUUGUCUUUUAUACGUUCGACACAUUUCUAUGGUCUUGAAAUACAUGUAAAUCAAGUGAAAAAUUUGUAUCUUUUAUAAUAAUACGUCUUAUGUCAGAGCUAGGUAUGACUAUAAGUUAUUUUAUGUAUAUUUGUUUUGUGAAUGUAUGAAUUGUGUAUCAUAUUUUGGUAUUCAGAUUGUAUCUAUAUGUGUUACAGUAUUACAGUAGACAGAAGACUAUAGCUGUAAGACUUUCUGGUUUUUCUCAGUUUCUUAAAUAUUUAGAUUCUGAAAGUCUAUCUGUGCUAUAUAAUAAGAGAAGUGCUUCUGUUACCAUUAGUAACCAAGCUAUUUUCAGAUCAUUACACUGUAUUUACUGUUGGCAAUCAUUUGAAUUAUACUUGUCAAAAUGGGGUGAAUUAAAACUUUUUAUGCUU